AACUAGCACCGUUCAUAUUGUUUAUUUUUCGGUAUGAAACAGUUCAAACUAUCGUCGUUAUAAUAGUUAGCACGUCUUUUUCGCCGCCUUGGUCAGCUGUGUUUGGUCUUCCGUACAGACGAGGGCAGCAAAAGAUUUAAUUUCCCCCGCCAACGGUCAAGCACGAGGAGUGAGAAGAGAAAGAACUCAGCCGCGCGCUUGGUACUCGUGAACGCGCACCGACACUAAAUCCGCUAGAUUAUUAAACCCGUCCCACUUCAAGGAAAAAAGAUGACUGUUUUUACUGUGUUAGCGAAUGUUAAUUUGCGGGUAUGUUAUAACCAUUUUCACACUCAAGGAAACUAAUGAAUUACUCUGUGGAAUACAACUACUUGGAAGGACUCCUCUUUUCCCUCUUGGCUGAAGAAGAGCCACACAGGAGGAUUGUCGGGCCAGUUGGUCGUCAGGAGUUGGAACAACGGCGAGCUUCCCGCACUACUUUGCAAUAAAAGAAAGUCUUUCUAGGCAGAUUUCAAACGCUGGAACACUUCCAGAUUAGCUGUUAGUUGUUUUUCAGGGGUUUACAAUGACCCAUGAUGUGCGAAAGGGCUAGUAUCUGGACUGGUCAAAACAGUGUCAAAGGCUAAGCUAGGUUGUGAUCCUAACUAUUAUGAGGGCAGCUCUGUGUUGACUAGGCAGUUAUUAAUAACUAAUGGGACACAUGUUACUCCAAAGACUGGUGCUAGAGUAAGCAAACGGAAACUAUUUUGGCUUUUAAAAGUUUAAUUCCUCUUUUGACUUUAUGAUUGAAUGAAGCAGGAUUCAGUAUGUCAUUUUUUAAUUUCCGUAAAAUAUUUAAAUUGGGUGCCGAGAAGAAGAAGAAACAGUAUGAACAUGUGCGCAGAGAUGAAAAUCCAGAGGAAAUAUGGGACAUAAUCGGCGAACUUGGAGAUGGAGCCUUUGGGAAAGUGUUCAAGGCUCAAAACAAACAGACGGGCAUCCUUGCUGCAGCCAAAGUUAUUGACACAAAGUCUGAGGAGGAGUUGGAGGACUACAUGGUGGAGAUUGACAUCCUGGCCUCCUGUGACCACCAAAACAUUGUCAAACUGCUCGACGCUUUCUAUUAUGAGAGCAAACUAUGGAUCCUCAUCGAGUUCUGUGCAGGAGGUGCUGUGGAUGCAGUCAUGCUAGAACUGGAGAGACCCCUGACAGAGCCUCAGAUUAGGGUGGUGUGUAAGCAGACUCUACAGGCCCUCGUCUACCUCCAUGAUAACAACAUCAUCCACAGAGACCUGAAGGCUGGAAACAUCCUCCUCACGCUGGACGGUGACGUCAAGCUGGCUGACUUCGGUGUGUCUGCCAAAAACACCAAAACACUGCAGAGGAGAGACUCAUUCAUUGGAACGCCCUACUGGAUGGCUCCAGAGGUUGUGAUGUGUGAGACAUCAAAGGAUCGCCCGUAUGACUACAAGGCUGAUAUCUGGUCCCUCGGGGUCACCUUGAUUGAGUUGGCGCAGAUUGAGCCGCCAAAUCACGAGAUGAACCCCAUGAGAGUUUUGCUGAAAAUAGCCAAGUCGGAUCCUCCAACCUUAAUGCAGCCGUCACGUUGGUCCCCAGAGUUCAGUGAUUUCUUACGGCGAUGUCUGGACAAGAAUGUGGACAACAGAUGGAGUGCUCCUCAGCUACUACAGCACCCGUUUGUGUCCAGUGUUUCAGACAGCAGGCCGCUGAGGGAGCUUAUAGCCGAAGCAAAGGCCGAGGUCACUGAGGAGAUCGAAGAGCACAAGGAGGAAGAGGAAGAAGAGGAGACAGAAGCACAUCUGGGCCACAAACGUGCUCCCUCUGAUGUCAGCGUUGCCAGCUCUGAGGAUGAAAAGGUCCCCCUCUCUCCCACCAUCCUUGAGUCAGUCCCUGAGAAGGUUGAACCAGGGCUACCAGGGCCCACAUCCACAGAGCUCCCCGUGGCCAACCAUGUGCUGGACACCAGCUUUGUGGAGGAGCCUGCUGCCCCCACAGCUGGAAAACACACUCCAGGUGAUGAUAGAGUGGCAGAACAUAAAUUAGAGGAGACGCUCACAGAAGGAGCAGAUGAUGCCUCCCCAGGGAUGGAAACAGAAGUACCGGCUGAGGAAAUGCAGAACCUGGAGAUAGCUCCUGAGGAUGAAAAGGAGGUUGACACAAAUGAGGUUCCAAUCACUCCAAAACCCACAACAAAAUCCACUGAGGAGGAAAAGAUGGAAGUGGAGGAAUCAAAUGCAGCAGCAGAGGAGGAAGAACCAUACAAACAUCUUAAGAUGACAGUGACACUUCCGGGUGAGGAUAAAGUUGUACUCAAAAAGGAAAAUGAGAGCGAGAAGAUGAUUCCAGACAAAGUUAAAGAUGACAAAGAGAGAGACUCAGACUCGGGAAGCGGCUCUGCUGCUGAUAACAGCAGUGUGGACCUGAAUCUGUCUAUCUCAAGCUUUUUGUCCAAAACAAAAGAGCCAGGAUCUGUUUCCAUACAGGACACGCAGCGCCAGAAGAAGACGCUAAAGAAGACUCGUAAAUUCAUGGUGGAUGGAGUUGAAGUGAGCGUGACUACAUCAAAGAUCAUCACUGACAAUGACACCAAGAACGAGGAGAUGAGAUUCCUGAGGCGCCAGGAGCUGAGGGAGCUGCGUCUCCUGCAGAAGGAAGAGCAGAGAGCCCAGCAGCAGCUCAGCAACAAACUGCAGCAGCAGAAAGAGCAGAUCUACCGACGCUUUGAACAAGAGACGACAAGUAAGAAACGUCAGUACGAUCAGGAGGUGGAGAACCUGGAGCGACAGCAGAAGCAGACCAUUGAGAGGUUGGAGCAGGAGCACACCAACCGGCUCAGAGACGAGGCCAAACGCAUCAAAGCUGAGCAGGACAAAGAGCUCUCCAAGUACCAGAACAUGCUAAAGAAUCGCAAGAAAGAGGAACAGGAGUUUCUUCAAAAGCAGCAGCAGGAUCUGGACAGCGCUCUGAAGAAGAUUAUUCAGCAACACAAACAUGAGCUCGCCACCAUUGAGAGGGACUGCCUCAACCACAAGCAGCAGCUGCUCCGAGCAAGGGAGGCUGCCAUGUGGGAGCUGGAAGAGCGCCAUCUGCAGGAGAAACACCAGCUGUUCAAGCAACAGCUCAAAGAUCAGUACUUCAUGCAGAGACACCAGCUGCUGAAGAGACAUGAGAAGGAGAUGGAGCAGAUGCAGCGCUACAACCAGCGUCUGAUCGAGGAGCUGAAGAACAAGCAUACACAGGAGAGAACCAGACUGCCAAAGAUACAGCGCAGCGAGGCUAAAACCCGCAUGGCGAUGUUCAAAAAGAGUCUACGCAUCACUGGAGCAACCAUCAGCCUCGAGCAGGAGAGGGAGAGAGUCAAACAGUUUGCAGCACAGGAAGAGAAGAGACAGAAGAACGAGAGGCUCCAUCAGCAACAGAAGCAUGAAAACCAGAUGAGAGACCUGCAGCUGCAGUGUGAUGCCAAUGUCAGAGAACUCCAGCAGCUGCAGAACGAGAAGUGCCACCUGCUGAUCGAACAUGAGACCCAGAAGCUGAAGGAGCUGGAUGAGGAGCACAGCCAGGAGCUGAAGGAGUGGAGAGAGAAGCUACGACCCAGGAAGAAGGCCCUGGAGGAAGAGUUCGCCAGAAAACUGCAGGAACAGGAAGUCUUCUUCAAAAUGAGCGGAGAGUCGGAGUGCCUUAACCCCUCCACCCAGAGCCGCAUCUCCAAGUUCUAUCCCAUACCCAGCGUCCAGUCCACAGGUUUCUAGGAGAAACCUACCCACUCCUGCACAGACACACACAGUCUGCAUGCACACGUUGAGCAUGUGGAUGUGUGUGAACACACGCACACCCAGAGUAGGAACCGAGCCUGUGCUGCCUUGCCCUCACCCUCCAGGGACUCUAAGAGGGUGAAAGAAGCAUCUCUGUUUCUGGACUUUAGUCUGCAGCUCUCCUGUUUUCUGCUCUUACUAUUCUAUGAUAUCAUAUUCUCAUUCUUACUGCCAUUUCAUGGAAAAUGACGCAGGAUAUCUGCAGAGUCAGUGUUUCAGUAACCUCAAAAACCGCUAAAGUGAAGUCGCUCUGUCAAACCUCUUUACUGAUUGAAUUAUUUUAUGAAAAAUCCAGUGCCUGUAGAAUUUGAAGUCAAAGCAAUUUAAGAAUUUACUACUUAAUUUUUCUCUCAUUUAGACAUUUGCACUAUUGAAAAAUAGCAUUUUUAUACCACUUUAACAUGAUGAUUUAAUUUGAUAAUGAAGAGCAGACAUAUCAUUUAGAAUUGAUGCUAAAAUAGAAUGUACUUCUCGUGGAGACAUUUUUAACUCACAAUAUGAUACAGUAUAUUUUUUAUCCAAUAAGACUUCAUAUUUGAACUUAAGUUUGUGAUAUUAAAUGACCAGUGUAAUGCCUGAUUUCAAAGUGAGUUUUAGGAACUUUUUAUUGCAGAAAUGAUUCUGUCUUUCAGGGUUUUUCUUCAGAAUGCCUUCCUGUCUCAAACACAACACUUAUUAUAAAGCAACAAGCAGAGGAGGAGGAGAGGGUAGUUUAGGAGGAGGUGUUUACAUACAGAGACAAAGGAUCACUGUUGAUUAGACACAAAGGAAAUCACUGUGGUGGCAGAAAGAACGUGUCAAACAAGCAUUUAUGUACAAGUUUGUUGGUCCCGUUUUCAUGUUGUAGGUUUGACCACUUUAUUGUUAUUAGGUAAAAGUGAAGUGUAUCAAUAGGGCUGUUAUUCAGGGAUGAAUAAAGAAUGCAAUGCAUCAGUGUCCAUAGAUUGUAGCAGGGUAUCAUAAUAUAUAUUCACUUGAGUACCCUGUAAUUUCUGUCAUACUUUAUCAAAAACACUAUCAUUUUGUUGAAUAGUUUACAUGCAAAACUUCAGGCAGCAGUUCAUAUUGUGUGGGGUUUAAACCCCCAAACACUAGAUGGCAGUGUUAGCAGGAAUCUGUCUCCAGAAAAUGCACUCAUCAAAUCAAAUCUAACAAUUAUGGAGGCAGGAAUAAGGACGACCAUAUCACUAAAUUCACAGAAAGCACGUCUUUGUAAAAAGCAGUCUCUUACGAGGGAGCAAUGUACUCUCUCACCAGUACAAUAUUGCUAUAUAUUGAGUCUAACCUCUUUAUUUUGAUGUGUAUCAAAUGGACAGAUGAUUUCCAAUAAACAGUUUUACUAAAUAGUAAAAAAAAAAAAUUAAGAGUUUAGAACCCACAAGCUGGAUCAAACAGAAUUAAAAGUUUUCCUCUAUGACCUUUCAUAAGGUAUUUUGCUACAAGGUGUAUCAUGUGUAGGCCUGUUUUUUCUUCUUUAUUGAUGAAAUGAAAGUACUGUUGUUAUUGUCAUGCUAGCUUAUAGCCUUAAUAUUUCAGAAAAGCUGUAUGGAUAUACUGUAAACCUGAUAUGGCUGCCUUUAAAGACUUUAGUCAAACUAAAGAAUAAAUGCCAGCUCAUAAACUUAAUGUUACUUUUUUAUGAAGUUGCAUGUUGAAAGUGUCAGAAAGUUAACAACUGUAAUAUUAGCUGUAUAUAAAAGGUGAAUGUGGACAUUGGUGGAAGACAACUUUGGAGACAACUCCUGAAAAACGGUUGAUUGCUCCCCCUGGGUGAGGAGUUAGUCUCUGCCUCUGGUGAAGGAGUUCAAGAAUCCCAGGUUUUGCCCAUGCGUGAGGGCAAAUGGGAGCGCCAGUUUGACAGGCGUCUGUUUUAAAGCUUUUGAUUUACCUGACGAUCUACCUUCCAACCAUCUCCAGCGGUUGCAAACUCUGGGUAAUGACCAAAAGAACGAGAUUGUGGACACAAGCGGCUGAAAUUAGUUUUUUUUUUGUUGUUUUUUUUUAUAGGGGUGGCUGGGAUGAGCCUUAGAGAUAGGGUGAGGAGUUCAGACAUCCUGAGGGAACUAGGAGUACAGCCACUGCUCCUUGCAUUGAAAGAAGCCAGCUGAGGUGGUUGAGCAUCUGAUCACGAUGCUUUCAGGGCGCCUCCCUUUGGAGGUCUUCCAGGCACGCCCAGCUGGGAGGAGACCUUGGGGAAGACCCAGAAUGCACUGGAGGGAUUAUGUAUCCUGUCUGGUCAAGGAACACUUUAGGAUCCCCCAGAAGGUGUUGGAAAGUCGCUGGGGAGAGGGAUGUCUGGGUUGACUUGCUCAACCUGCUACCACUGUGACCCAGUCCCGGAUAAGUGCAAGAAGAUGUGCUUACUGUAAUACUCAAUGGGAUGUUGAUUGGGCCAAGAAAAACCAUCCCGUUCUCUUAGUAUAACUGCCCUGAAGCAAGAUGUUUGAAGAUGCCUCUUAUCCUUUAACAGGACAAUGCUCCCUUCAGAAGGAGUCUCUUGUUCAAGUGAAGGAUUUCAAGUGUCUUGGGCUCUUGUUUACGAGUGAUGGUAAAUUGGAGAGUGAUAUAGACAGAUGGAUCAUGCAGCAUUCGUUGUUGGGUUGAAGAGAGAGAGCUGAUGUCACAAGCUUUGGAUAGUGACCAGAAGAAUGGGCUUAGAGCAGAGACGCUUCUUGAUGCUUCCUUGACACCAAAAGGAGCCAGUUGGGGAGGUUCAAGCAUGUGGUUGAGAUGCCUCUUUGUGGGGGUGCAGAUGGCCACGUGGUUAAGUUAUGGCAAAUGUACUCAGAUGAACCCAGUACAGCAUGGUUUGCAUGCUGCAUGUCUCCACCCUACUCUAGUCCCUGUUUCAUAGUCUUCACUGUCCUCUCUAACAUAAAGGCAUUAAAAGCCAAAAAACAUCUUUAUAAAGACGCCUUUCUGCCUCCUCUUUUGGAGGUUUUCUGGACACAUCCAACUGGGAGGAGACCCCAGGAGACCUAUAACUUGCUGGAGGAAUUACAUAUCCCAUCUGGCCUGGGACUACCUCGGGAUUAUCUUUGAUGAACUUAGAAAGUGUUGCUGGUGAGAGGGCCAUUUAGGUCAACUUGCUUAGCCUGCUGCCAUUGUGAUCCAGCCCUGGACGAGCAGACAAUGGAUGGAAAGAUGGACAGAUAUGUAUCGAUCUAUUUCCAACCCUCACCCAUGGUCAUGAGCUUUGGGUAGUGACAAAAAAAUGAGACCACACAUAAACAGUCAAGAUGAGGUUCUUCAGAAGGGUGGCUGGGCUCAGCCAUCAUGAUAAGGUGAGGAGUAGAGACGCUGGUCCUUUAUACUAAAAGGAGCCAGCUGUGAUGGUUUUGUGCAUCUGAUUAGAAUACCUUCAGGUCACCGCCCUGUGGAGGUCUUCAGGUUCUUACUGGGUAGAGACUGCUGUUUUGGAACUUUUAGUGUUGACUGUAGUUUGAAACCAAGAGGCUAAAUCCACCUCUUAUAUACAGCCUAUGAUCUGUAUCUAAAGGAACAGGACUUAAAAGGUUUAUUUUUUAUUUUGGCAGAUGUGAUAGGAUAAUGUGAACACAAUGUAAUAUUUGAUGCAGUUGUAAACACAAGCAUAAUCAAAAAUGGACCUGACUGGUUUAGGCCAUGUUGACUUCUGAUUGGUUCAUUUUAUCAUCUCAGUUUCUCUAUGAUUGGCUGUUGGGAAUUACAGAUAGUCAAAGGUAUUUAAUAACUGAACUGUUAUGUAAAAAUGCAGUGAAGGAGUGCUGUGCACCUUUUACAAAGCUGACUCAGUAGCUAUUUAUGUGUCACCCACACUGCAGCGUCUGUGCUGUUGAUUUUGCUUUCAUUGGAGGUUUGCAGCAUUAAAUAAUCACAAAAUCAAUCCAGUCAGUGUCGGCUUUAUUGGUCAGAUAGAUUCUACAAAUUAAUGAUUGAAUGUUGACAAAAAAAAAAAUAUCCAUAUCAAAAUCAUUUUGCAUUUUUAAAAUAAAUGUAUAGUUUUUGAAUGCCUGUGUAAUGUAGAUUUUCAUUUUGCUGUAAAUAA